CAGCUGGUGGCGGGUACAUGUGAAAUCGUGAUUCUGGACAGGGACAGCAGUCAGCCAAGGAGGACCAUCGCCCGGCAGACGGCCAGGUGUGCCUGCAGGAAGGGCCAGAUUGCCGGCUCUACCAGAGCCAGUCCAGCAUGUGUGGAUGUGCACAUUGUCAGGAGCAGACAAUGGUGUGAGAUGAUGCCUUGUUUGGAUGACGAAGGCUGUGACCUAUUGGUAAACAGAACGGGCUGGACGUGUGCACAGCCGGGAGGCCGAGUGAAAACAACCACGGUAUCCUGACGCCAGUGGGGGACGAUUUUCCCAAGAGAGGCGCAACGUACGGAAGCACCUCGUCAUUCUCCAAAGCUACAGCGGGGCGGGGGAGGGGAGCAUUCAUCAUAGUCCUGUUAGCCCUGUCUGUCAGUCUCUCCAUUAGUCCUUCAGUCUCAUAUGAUAAGGGGUGAGGGCCUCUCGUCAUGGAGUUUACGUGGACCGUGAGGAACGGAUCCCCUUGUGCUGUCAAUCAAAGCUGAAACCGGCCAACGUUUUGUUUGCUGAUGCCAAAACUGGCAAUAUCGGUUGCAGGAUAGUUUGCGACCUGGAUCGUGAAAUGUGUAUGGAUCUAUUAAAAUUUUACAGACCAAAGAAAUACGGGCAAAUUUCUGUGUGGAAGGAUUUCCAAUAUGAACCCCAAUACACACAUCAGCUAACGCAAGCAAAAACACACAUACCUGAGCUUUGUGAGGAGUUUUUCCAACCGAGCACACACAAAAUGGACAACAAAGACAUUUGCGACAAAACUGUUGACUUUUCUUUGAUUGUAGGUCUGCUGCCAUUGUUGUGAUUUGGACUGAAAUCUGUCAGGAUUUGGAAACAUAGCGAACGUGGCAGGGGAUUUGUCGAACUGAACAUUAUCUCCCUGACCUGAAGAGACUAGCGCAGACUUGCGCUUCGGGAGAGACCAUCCUAUGUAUUUUCAGAGUCAUAAAGUUAUAUAUAUAUUUAACAGUUUUAUAUGAUGUACCUUUGUAGCAAACCUUAUUUAACACU